AUGAACGGAGUACUAGUCAGUACACUGAAGAAACGCAUCGUUUUGGGAAAGGCGAUUAUCUUGGCGACGGAAAGUGCGACGUGCGAUUUGGGAGUUCGAGCGAUGGAUCUGGCUCUACCGCCGGAUUUGCCGGACCCUCCAGGCGAGGAUUCAGUCAAGGAGACUCUGGGGGUAGAUGCGAUUCGUACGGGGUUGGAUCGAGCUGAGGAAAGGAAAAAAGAGGAGAGCUGGGUAAAAGUUGCAGAGGAUAAGAGGUCGUUGAAGAAGCACAAUGUUGAGGUAUUGAAGAAGGAUGGGAUCCAGACGGUGGAAAUUCCAGAUGAGAUCAUCGAGAACUCAACACCGUUGUGGGGAGAUUUUCUUGUGGGGAAGUUCUUGGAUCUCGCACCUCAUAUUGCGAAGGUUCACAAGGUUCUUAACAGAAUCUGGAAGUAUGGAGAUGACUCUACUAAGGUUGAUGUUUAUGAUGUGAAUGCUACUACCAUGAGAUUCAGGGUAUCUAGUUCAAAGGCUCGGGAAAAGAUCAUUCGUCGUGGGAUGUGGAACAUAGCAGGGGUUCCAAUGGUGGUCACCAAAUGGACACCAACAACAGAGGGGGAAAAACAAGAGGAUGAAGCGAUUCCUAUGUGGGUACAUUUGGAGAAGGUUCCUAUUCAUAUGUACUCAUGGGAGGGGUUAAGUUUCAUCACGAGCCCAAUUGGAUUUCCAGUGAAGCUUCAUCAAGAAACUAUAGCUUGCACUAACUUGAAGGAAGCUAAAGUUUUUGCUAAGGUAGAUACUUCGAAAGUUCUACCAAAGGAGAUCACUUUCACAAAGGGAGGAGAGGAAUUUACAGUGAAGUAUUUCUAUCCAUGGUUGCCUUUGAGAUGCAAUAGGUGUGAAAAAUGGGGUCAUGGAGAAAAGGUAUGUGAGUUAAAAAGAACGGAAGAGAAGAUGAAUGGAAGUCCGGUAGCUAAGAGUCCGGGGAUAGUCAAUAAGAAGAAGGAGGAAGGCUCAGUUAUGGGAGUUAAACAAGGGGAGAAAGGUAGUGCUAUGGAAGAUAGCAAUGAGGACAAAUCUAGGACGGAAGAGAGGCUGGAGAAUGCUUGGUCUGGGGUCUCUCCAGGGAGGAUAGGGAGAUCACAGAGGGUGCAAAAUAACGGCAUUGAGAUUCAGAUUUCAGCUUCUAAGUUCUCUGUUCUCAACGUUGAGGAGGAAGAGGGGGAAAUUUUAGAAGAUAAUCUGAAAGAAGGGGAGGUUAGUCAAGAAGAGGAUCGUGAUGUAGAUGUAAUUCAUGAUAGUGAGGAAGAAUUUUCUCGUGAGUUGACAGUAAGUGAAAGGGGGAAGGUAGGAGGGUUAAGAGGUAGGAAGAAAGGUCAGAAGACUAAGGCUCAAGAUCCAAUUCCGGGGAAGAGCAUGAGGUCUUCUCGACGUAAAAACUAA